UGCAUGUGAGGAGUAAAACAAAGUUACAUUGUGAUGGAAGUAGCUAUGUUUAUCGCAUGGAACAUGACAGCUGGUUUCCAGUUGGUCCAAACAGUUCACUGGUGAAGAUCUACACAGACGUUGUCAUCAAUCACACAUGUGCGUCGGGCGUAGGGGAGAGGAGGCACUCGACCUGCGGCUCGUACUUCAAUGCCACCCGUGAGGAGUUCCCAUCUGUGAGAUACUCUGCCACUGACUUCAAUGAUGACAAAUGCACCAACCGCCGUGGAAAUAUUGAGAAUUACCAAGACAUUUAUCAGGAAUAAUUUCAAAGAUAAAAGGGCCCUUGUUGGGAAUGCCAUUGGACACAGCUGGAAACUGGAUUUUUUUUUUCUCAUCUAGGCAAACCAAUCAAGAAUAUUUGAAUAUCAGAUGGGCUUCGUAUGACCCGCCACAAUAUUCUACACACAACAGGUCAAAAGUUUGGACCAAUUAAGAUUCCUUGAUGUUUUCGAAAGACCUUUUGCUCACCAAGGCUGAAUUUAAUUGAUCAAAAAUAAAGUGAAAUCAAUAUAAUUGUGGAAUAUCACUACAGUUUAAAAGAACUGUUUUUUAAUGUAUUCCUGUGAUGGCAAAGAGGAAUAUCAGCAGUCAUUAUUCUGGUAUAAAGUGUCACAUGAUCCUUAAGAAAUCAUUCUAAUAUACUGAUUUAAUGCACAUCCAAAAUUUGUUCGCAUUAUCAAUGUUGAAAACUGUUUUUUCUGCUUAAUGAUUUUCUGAAAACCAUGAUCUGCUACCAUUCAAAAGUUUGGGGUAAGCAAGAUUGUUUUAUUUAUUUGAAUAAUAAAGAAAGAAAUGUAAAAAAUGUAUUCAUGCUUUUAAUUCAACAAGGAAGAAAUAAAUAGAUUUGAAGACAUUCAUAAUGUCACAAAAAUUUUCUAUUUCAAAUAAAUGUUAAAGAUUCCUUUGAA